CAAAAAGGCUGGAGUAUGAGUACAAAGUGGCGAGAGUUCGCAUCAAAUACUACAGUACAUGGCCUCCGCUAUGUGUACGAAAGCCCUUCCAGAGUUCUCCGCUUUGUGUGGUUAAUUCUUCUGUUACUAUCUAUAGCGUGGUAUCUGUUCUUCGCGCAACAGAGUAUAGCUCUCUACUUUUCCCGACCGGUAAACAUCGAAUACACCGAGGUUGUUCCGGAGAGCGGAAACCUUACCUUCCCUGCUGUAACGAUUUGCAAUUUAAACCGUUUCGUCAAAAGGAAAAUCUAUAUGCCUUACGACGAGGAAGACUUUCACAAAUUGGGUCUAAAUCUCUCUUCUUGCGCAGCCGUCAGGAAGGUCAUCACUAACAUGACUUGCGGACAAGCCUUGUUAUGUUCCCACGAAAGGUAUGGGGUCGAAGUUAUAGAGAACUGCAACAAAACCAAGAAGCGAAUUGUUGAUGCUCUUAACAGCACCAAGGAAGCAGUGUUUAACCCGGAAAAGUUCUUGGGUGCUUACGGACAUGAAUUUGAAGAAAUGUUUACGUAUUACUGUACUUUUGCAACAAAGGAGGAGUGUAAAUCUGCAGAUUUCUUUCCUAAUUUGAUUCAAGGUGGCCGUUGCUUCACCUUUAACUCAGGAGAAAAUGGAACAAUAGUCCGUAACACAAGUGUCGCGGGAUCUUCUGGCGGCCUAGCUGUCGUUUUGGACGUUCGAACGGAUGAAGUUACCAUCAGUGAAUUCUCUCGUGGGUUGAGAGUGAUCAUUCAUGAACAAGGAGAGUACUUAAGCAUGGACCAUCAUGGAUUUAACGUUUUUCCUGGUUCACAUACAUUGGUCCGUGUAACUGCCAUACAGGGACACCGUCUCAAAUCUCCAUACAAAACAAACUGCACAGAGCGAGUACUUCCUGGAAUACCUCACUACAGUAGGGACGCCUGCAUCAUACAAUGUCUUGCCAACAAGACCGUGGAAAUGUGCGGAUGUAAGCUGGUUGGAGUACCACUUCCUUCAAAGGCUCCAGUCUGCACGUUCCAACACCAAUAUUGCUUCACUAAGACUAGAGAGUCAUUCAAUGCGUAUCACUGUUUCUGCGGGUUGCCUUGCCAAGAAGUUGAUUACAGGAUCCAAGUGUCUACCUCUGAAUUCCCGGACCACGGUGCUGCAAAAAUACUUCAUCAACGAUAUGGCUAUAAUAAAAGCAUGGAAUAUCAGAGGAAAAACCUGGUUUUCCUUCAAAUUGGGUUCCAGUACCAAGGGUACACAGUCAUGGAAGAAAGAGCAAGUUAUGGCAUCGAGAGCCUCUUAGGUGAUCUUGGAGGCAAUAUGGGACUAUUUUUGGGCUGUAGCAUAUUGACAUUGUUUGAGUUUGGAGACUUGUUGUGGAAAAUCUUGAAGUUCAAGGAGAACCGAGUUCGAAAAAUAGACUCUGCAGGAAGGGAAAAAUCUGAAACAGAAUGAAAUGA